AUGGCGCAACGAGUAUUGCCAAGACCACGAGUGAACCAGCUUGGGAGAGAUAUCUUGAGACUCUGUGGUCCUCGACUGAACGCAGGUGGCAAGCGAUUCAGUUCAGGGCAGCAAAUCCUGCCAUCCUCGACGAAGCAACCAGUACCACUGAUUAUAGGCGGUACUCAUGUGCAAGGUGCAGUUACACAUCCUUUGAUCAGCCCUCUGGAUGGUCGAAGCGUCUGGGACUACAGCAGUGCAUCUUUGGAGCAGUUGAAUCAAGCGAUUGAAGCUGCAACAACCGCUUUCCCAGGAUGGGCAGAAACAAAACCCGCUGUACGGUGCUCAACUCUUCUGAAGGCGGCCGACAUCUUCACCAAAAGGAGUGCCGAGCUGAAGGAGUAUAUGAAGAUUGAGACUGGGGCUGAUGACCAAUUCAUUGCUUUCAACAUCUCUGCCACAGUCGCCCAGUUGAAAGACAUUGCAAUGAGGUCCACCACCAUACACGGGCUGUUUCCUUCAGUAGAUGACAGUGGCCGGAGUGCGAUAGUUCUAAAAGAACCCUAUGGUGUGGUGGCGGGUAUUGCACCUUGGAAUGCUCCUUAUAUCCUGGGAGUUCGAGCUGCAUCGGCGGCACUGGCAACUGGAAAUACGGUUGUCCUCAAAGGUUCCGAACGAUCACCUCGAUGUUAUCGUGCAAUAGUCGACGUCUUCCAUGAAGCUGGACUGCCACCCGGCUGUCUGAACCUUGUCUUUUCCAGUCCCGAGUCUGCAGCCAGUGUUACAAAAGCUCUGAUCAAACACCCAGCGGUGCGGAAGAUAAAUUUCACCGGCAGUACGGCCAUUGGGAGUAAAGUAGCGUCACUUGCCGGUCAAAACCUGAAGCCCGUUCUCCUCGAGCUGGGUGGAAAGGCCUCAGCAAUUGUGUUUGAAGACGCGAACUUGGCAAAAGCCGCAGAUGCAUGUGUUUUGGGUGCUUUCCUUCACGGCGGCCAAGUGUGCAUGGCCACUGAUCGCAUUUUGGUUCAUUCAUCGAUUGUGUCCGAAUUUACAGCAAAGUUGACGGAGUCCAUCAAAAGAUUUUACCCACCGCAUGGUCCUUCGCCCGUUCUGAUCUCGCAUCUUGCCGAGGAGAAGGUGGAACAUCUCGUUUCUGAUGCUGUGAAUAAGGGUGCUGUCAUGGUGUCUGGGAGAGAUAGCCAGCUAAAUGAUAAACCUCAAUUCCCUUUGAUCCUCGGUAACGUGAGUCGGGAUAUGGAUAUAUUCUACACAGAAACCUUUGGACCAGUGGCGACGCUUCAUACUUUUGACACGGAGGAAGAAGCUCUGGCUAUAGCCAACGAUACCGAGUACGGUCUGGCUGGGGCGAUCUUUACGGAAGAUCUGGCGAAAGGGCUCCGGGUUGGGAAGAAGUAUACAUCUGGCUCCGUUCAUAUCAAUGCCAUGUCGAUCCACGACGAGCCCAACCUGCCGCAUGGAGGGACGAAGUCUAGUGGUUUUGGCAGGUUCAAUACCGAGUAUGGCCUGAACGAGUUUUUGAGGACGAAAGUUAUCACCUGGAGAAAUUGA